AAGCUCGCUGGCAAGGUGUUCGUAGCUUAUCUGUACCGACAAAUUUGUUCUUCGAUGUUCGGCGUAGUUCUUCAGUGCCCGGUGGAACUUCCCACCCCCGUGGGAAUCUUUAUGCCCAUUGCAGAGAGAGAGCGAGAGAGAGCGAGAGCAAGCGAGGGAGAUGGCGGAGUCGCUCCAAAUUGGAGGAGAAGCAGCCGACUCGUGCAGGGAGAGACAAGGACGGACGCAGAACGUAGUGGUAAUGAGGCACGGCGACCGAAUCGACGCGGAGGAACCUCUUUGGCUAGCCCGCGCAGAGCGUCCAUGGGAUCCGCCAUUGACGGAUUCUGGCAAGAUUCGGGCUUGGACGACGGGAAAAAGACUGCGAGUCAUUGGCUUCCCUGUCCACCGCAUCAUCAUUUCACCUUUCCUCCGUUGCCUCCAAACUGCCGCCGAGGUCAUCACCGCCCUCUGCUGCGUUGUAGACAACGAAACCCAAAUUCUAUCCAUGGAGACUAGUGCUGGCGUUGUGAUUGAUCCUACUCGUGUUAAGGCAAACAUCGAAUAUGGAUUGUGUGAAGUUUUUUGUAUGGAAGCAAUGCGACUCACCGCACUUCCUAAAGAUGGAAUUUGGCUUUCUGAUGUUUCAGAGCUCGAGGCUUUGCUACCAGCAGGAACUAUUGAUCAAUCUGUUGGCCCUUUGAGAACGCAGUUGCCUUUAUGGGAGGAGCCACUGGUUGUUGCAAGAGAGAGAUACCAUACCAUCAUUGAGGCUCUAGCUGACAAAUUCCCACUUGAAAACUUAUUGCUGAUCACACAUGGCGAAGCAGUUGGGGUUUCUGUUUCAUCAAACCUCGAGGAUGCUAUUGUUUAUGAAGUAGACUAUUGCGCAUUUACGCACUUACAAAGGCAGGUAUUUUCCGAACCUUCAAUGGCUGUUGCUGUAGGAGGCUUCAAGUUGGUAAAAAGCAGUCAAGCCGGUCUCCUAUAUAUUUGAUGAAUUUACCAUAUCUAUCCAUUAGAAUCGAGAUUGGCUCUUGAAUUCCAAUAUUUUCCAGGUAUCUUUAUCCUGCCAUAAAUGGUUUUCUGCAGUGAUUAUUACAUUCUUAUUAAUAUUUUGAUGUAAUAAAAAUCCUGUACUAUUAAACCCUGAGAGUUUCCACCUUGCUCCCAUUCUCAUUUAGGAAGGUGGUUGUUUGUGGUUUUGAUUGUAUAUUUAGUAGAAAUAAUCAUCCAGGCAAGGAAUUUGUAAAAGAAACUAGAUCAUCAGAUUUAUUGGAGUUUGCAUCA